AUGAAUCGAUAUACGCCUCGAAAACGUGCCGAAAUCGUAAAAUUUUUUUAUCAAAAUAAUUUGUCGUUUAUCAGAAUUUUUCCUGGACGCCUUAUCUCGAAAAACGCCGAUAUUGCAUAUCCGCCAUGGUCUCCCGAUUUAACUGUUUCAGACUUUUGCUUAUUGGGUUAUCUAAAAGAUAGAGUAUUUGUAAAUAAUCAUCGAACACUAAAAUCAUUAAAAGACAACAUCCGGGAAGAAAUUGACAGAAUACCACCUGAAAUGUUGGAGAAAGUUAUGAAAAAUAUUUUAAAAAGAGUUCAUUAUUGCAUUAAUGCUGGGGGUGUCCAUUUGGUCGAUAUUGUUUUUAGUGUGUAA